AUGAAUUUCCCACAAAUACAACAUUUGUGGAGGCAAUCAAAUGGAAGUUAUGUUGAAUGGACAUCGAUUGCGUUCAGAGUGAGAAGGCAAAAUGCUUGCCCUCUAGGACUCUUUCAAACUUCUUCGAACGAGGCAAAUGCUUGCCGUUUAGGACUCUUUCAAACUUCUUUGCAUGACAUGUGCUAUAACUCUUUCAAACUUCUUUACAUCAUCGACGUGGUGUGGUGGUGUUUGAGGCUGACUACAUUUGUUCAUAUUUUAAAUCGCGAAGUGAUUGCCCAUGGCCUUGCAAUGAGGCGAGGCGAUUCGCCAUGGCGAGGCCUCGGCUAUGCAAGUCACCAAAAUAAGGAGACGAGUGAGAUAAAUCAUCCUUCUGAAUAUCCCAAGAUUGCUGAACAAUCUCCAGAGAAGAAGAAAGCUUUUGCUGAUUUCAUGAACUUGAUAAAGCCUGCCAAAGAGGAGAAAAGAAAGAUCACUCGGAUUCUGCAUUUGAAAUAUGCCUUCAUCGUAUUUGGAGAUUCAAACGUUGAUACUGGCAACAAUAAUUACAUACUAACAAUAGCCAGAGCCAAUUUUCAGCCUUAUGGUCAGGAUUUUAUGGGAGGGCAGCCCACUGGAAGAUUUUCUAAUGGAAAAGUUCCAUCAGAUCUUUUUGCUGAGAAGUUGGGAAUUAAGCCAGUUUUGCCUGCAUAUCUUGAACCAAAUUUACAAGAUGAAGAUAUCUUAACUGGGGUAUCCUUUGCAUCUGGAGCUACAGGAUAUGAUCCUAUAACAUCUGAGCUCACGUCAACAUUUUCAUUAGGAGAUCAGAUUGAAAUGUUCAAAGACUACACAACAAGGCUCAAGAAAAUAGUUGGGGAGGAAAAAUCAUCCCAAAUUGUGAGGGAAAGUCUGAUUGCAUUGAUUACUGGCAGCAAUGACUUAACUUUCACAUAUUUUCUUACACUUGAAAGAAGGACUCAUUACGACAUUCCUUCUUACAUCGACCUAUUGCUCAACUUUGCUUUCACCUUCAUAAAGGAUUUGUACGACUUGGGGGCACGUCGGAUCGGAAUUUUUGGCUUGCCGCCGAUCGGGUGGAUGCCGUCACAACGAACUUUAUGGGGAGGACUCAAAAGAAAACCUGUUAAUAAAUACAACCAAAUUGCAGAAUUAUUCAACAAGAAGUUGUCAGACGAAAUAGACUCGCUCAAUAAACAAUACUCUGAAGCUAAGAUUGUUUAUGUGGACGUUUACAAUCCCGCUCUUGAUAUUAUUCAAAACCCGAAAAAAUAUGGAUUCGAGAUUGCCGAUAAGGGAUGUUGCGGAACAGGGUUAUUCGAAGUGUCUUUUCUUUGCACAUUCGCGUGCGGUAAUGUAUCCGAAUACGUAUUUUGGGACAGUUUUCAUCCAACUGAGAAAGUGUACAGAAUUCUUGUACAACAUGUUCUAGAUCAAUACCUCAGCAACUUCAUAUGA